GGAGAGGGGAGUGUGUGGUACUAGGUAUAUUGUUCUGUAUAGGUUAGGAUGUGAGAUAUGUGAGAUGAUGUGGAGAGGGGAGUGUGUGGUGUGGUACUAGGUAUAGUGUUCUGUAUAGGUUAGGAUGUGAGAUAUGUGAAAUGAUUUGGAGUCUGUGGUGUGGUACUAAGUAUAUUGUUCUGUUUAGGUCAGGAUGUGAGAUAUGUGAGAUGAUGUGGAGUGUGUGGUGUGGUACUAGGUAUAUUGUUCUGAAUAGGUUAGGAUGUGAGAUGAUGUGGAGAGGGGAGUGUGUGGUACUAGUGGAAGAUGAGGGACGAGGGACAAGUAUACUGAUGGCAUCUAUAGUUGAGAUCCUACUGGAGGAGGAGCAUAGAACGCGGCAAGGUUUUGAGAUCCUGGUUCAACAGAAUUGGGUUUCCCUGGGUUUCCCCUUUUCCACAAACCAUCAACUGUGUUCUCCCAGAGCUCAGAAUAGUAUUGUACCGGUACCCAAAUUCUCUAUAUUUCUGAACUCUGCGCCUGUUUUAGAAUAGCUAUAUACCCAUAUU